AGGAACCAAAGCGCCGGGGGGCAGCGUUUCCAGCCGGGGCCGUUUCUGGUCACUCCCUGUCUUUUCGCCGCCGGGGAGGCAGCGGGGCGCAGGGCUCGGCGCAGUGCGGGGAGACGCCGUGGGGCCGCCGACAUGCCGCAGAACGAGUACAUCGAGCUGCACCGCAAGCGGUAUGGCUACCGCCUGGAUUACCACGAGAAGAGGAGGAAGAAGGAGGGCCGGGAGGCCCACGAGCGGUCGCGGAAGGCCAAGAAGAUGAUCGGGCUGAAGGCCAAGCUGUACCACAAGCAGCGGCACGCCGAGAAGAUACAGAUGAAGAAGACCAUUAAAAUGCAUGAAAAGAGAAAUACAAAGGAAAAGAAUGAUGAAAAAACACCUAAAGGAGCUGUACCAGCAUACCUGCUGGACAGAGAGGGCCAGUCCAGGGCUAAGGUUCUUUCAAACAUGAUCAAGCAGAAAAGAAAAGAAAAAGCUGGGAAGUGGGAGGUUCCUGUGCCAAAGGUCCGUGCACAAGGAGAAACAGAAGUCUUAAAAGUGAUUCGUACAGGCAAGAGAAAGAAGAAGGCCUGGAAGAGAAUGGUCACAAAAGUUUGUUUUGUUGGAGAUGGCUUUACUAGGAAGCCUCCUAAAUAUGAGCGAUUCAUUCGACCAAUGGGCCUGCGUUUCAAGAAGGCACAUGUGACACAUCCUGAACUUAAAGCUACUUUUUGCCUACCUAUCCUUGGUGUAAAAAAGAAUCCUUCUUCUCCUUUGUAUACACAACUGGGUGUAAUUACCAAGGGUACCGUUAUUGAGGUGAACGUGAGUGAGCUUGGCCUCGUGACACAAGGGGGCAAAGUUAUCUGGGGGAAAUAUGCACAAGUAACAAACAAUCCAGAAAAUGAUGGCUGUAUUAAUGCAAUUCUACUUGUUUAAGUUGGGCUUGAUACUAAGCAUUGGACAUGGGCUCCUGCAAAAUUGGUGCAGUUUCAACAAGUUUGCAAGAUCUCUGAAACAUUCAGUCAUUCAAGAACAUUGACCCCACAAGCUGCUGAGGAACUUAAACAUGCCAGAAAUGACCGCUCGGGUUUUUAUAUUUAUUGUGUUUGCUCAGCUGAACACUGUCCAAAUAAAGUGAUUCAAUUUUCA